AUGAAGCAGCAGCCAGUCAGACAGUCAGCUGUUUUCUGCGUCUCUGUCAUUAUCGGAGCUGUUUUCCUCUCUCACCUGUUGGAAAUGGGAUUUCUGCUCACCAAGAUGAUGGCUGUGUUCGGCGACAGAGAGCACAAAGUCAUCAUUGUGGGUCUGGACAAUGCUGGAAAGACGACGAUCCUCUACCAGUUUCUGACCAAAGAGGCCGUCCACACAUCGCCCACCAUCGGCAGCAACGUGGAGGAGAUCACCAUCCGGAACACCCACUUCUUGGUGUGGGACAUUGGGGGACAGGAGAGUCUCCGGGCCAGCUGGUACUCCUACUACUGCAACACCGAGAUUGUGAUUCUGGUUGUGGACAGCACCGACCGAGAGCGGCUCACUGUCAGCAAAGAGGAACUUCACCGGAUGCUCGCGCACGAGGACCUGGAGAACGCGGCCGUCCUGAUCCUGGCCAACAAGCAGGACGUGAAGGGCUCCCUGACGGCGGCGGAGAUCUCCCAGUGCCUCACCCUGGACUCCAUCACCACGCACCCCUGGCACGUCCAGGCCUGCUGCGCCCUCACAGGAGAAGGUCUACCUGCCAGUCUGGACUGGAUGAGGUCGAAGGUGGUGGCGAACUGAAACGGGCAGAAGCCCUCCCUCCUCCCUCCUCCCUCCUCCCUCCUCAGCGCGGCAGAAGUCAUCGCUUCUCGCCUGUUUACGGAGUUUAAAGGCCUGAACGCAGCGUCCGAGGCGCUCGGCGUCUCACAAAGCACUUCUCAUCUGUUCUCAGAAGAAGAGGAAAGAACAAACGGCCGAGACAAGAGGAUGUUUCAAGAGUUCAGGAACUGCUUGUUCAGUUUUUUUUUUUUUUUUUCCGCCCAUCAAGAACGGGUUUGGUGGUUUCAUUGCAUAAGAAGUUAUUCUCACUCGUGGUUUCAAAGAACUGCUGAAGCCUGAAGUGACGCUGCAGUCCAACCUGACCACAACAGUGAAAUUCCACCAUUAAUAACAGUUUGUUUUCUUUUAUUUAACUGUGUUUGCCAUCAGGUGCUAACAGCUGCUUGCUUGUUAAAGACAAGCGGUGUCUAAUUAUUACUGCCAAGAAAUGAGCUGCUGGUGCCAACAGUGUUAGAAACUCAGAUCUUUAGUGGAUCUAUAGAACAAGUUUUAUUAGAACAAAGUGUAUUUUUAUAUGUAAAUCGUCCUGAUUUAAACAGGCUCACUUAGCAACCCACAUAUGGCACAAUUACUCAGAAUGUAGAUCUUUGACUGUUGGACAAUAUCUUCAUUUUCAACAUACCUGAACUACUUUUGCCUCGUUAGAAACUUUUACAGUGAGAACGCUGAUAAAAACACACCACUAACUCCCGUGUCCUCCCCUUUUCAACACUUCUGCUCUGCUGAGAAGCAAGUCUGCCUCAUACGUAAGAACUAAUGUUUAAGUUUACACUUUUGUAUGUUAGGCCUGAAAAUGUUUAUGGCUGUGUCCUUUAAAAAGCUCCUGAUCUCUAUUCUGUAUAUUACAGUAAUGAGUUAAGUGAGAAAUGGAGCUAAAGCUACUAAGGACAAUGAGUUCUAUUUAAAAUGUACAUAAUGUAUUGUGUAAAUAUUUUAAAUAAAUUAUAUUAAUACA